AUGUCGAAAUUCGAGUACCCGACAGUUAGCCCUACGGACAUCAUAUCAAUCCUGGCAGAGUCACAAAUCGCCACCGUAAUGGAAAAGGACCUGAAGAAUCCAACCCCUGAUUUCGUCUCCGACAUCUACACCCGUCUCUUAAUCUACCUCGAUCUUCUCCACGACGGAUAUGAAGGACAAAUUGAAUUUUCAGCUUUGGAACAGCUAGAGAACCCACAAUAUCAUGUCGGGUCGGCACGGACUAUGAACCAUUAUAUCAAGAUAAAACAGGUGAUAGCAUUGCUCCAGUGUCCUGCUGAUUUUACUCUCAGAGAUCUUUUGAAACCCCAAGGAGAUCGCACUCAGUUUUUUAUCGGUGCCAUUCUUAAUUUCUGUCUUCAUAAAGAUACGAAAAUGAAUGAAUUGAGACCGUUAGGGGAGGAACUUACGCUUCUUGACGAGCAGCGAAGAGACUUGGAGGAUAAAAUUACCCAGUUGAAUGCGGAGAUUACGGAGUAUAAUGGUGCUAGAGAGAGAGAGUUACCGCUUGUUCAAGAGGUUGAUGGAAAAGUUAAAGAAUUGCGCCAAAAGAUUGCUGACCUCAACAACCACCAGAUGUCUCUGAGAGCUUCUUAUCGGAAGUUGAAGGAGAGGAGUUCAGAAAUGGAUGGGGAGAUUUCGAGGGCCGAGUUUGACCUGGUACAAAGUGUUCAAGAAAAUGCGAACUUACGUUCAAAAAUCGUUCAAUCACCAGAUAAACUACAGAGGGCUUUGGAGGAGAAGAAAUCAGUUCGAGAAGAGACAAGGAAUGCUGAAAGAUUGGCAAUGCAAUCCUUUGAGGCUAAGACUGCUGUACUUGAGGUUUAUACAAAGGCUUUUAAGAAAAUGUCAAAGCACUUCAAUCAGAUGCAGGCAAUUCAUGAACAGGUAAAUUCUGCCAAAUCCAUUGAAAAAGACUACAAGGCUGUAAAAGCUAAGCUCAGUGAUGAUGGACUGAUCGAUAAGUCGCUUGAUGCCAAACUUGUUGAAUUGCAAAUGAAAGCACAACAGUUGAAUGAUUUAAAAAAGCUGUUAGAGAAAGAAAGAGAUCUGAAGUGUGAGGAAGCUACUAAAGAAUUCAAUAAUACCAAGUCGGAGGUGGAAUCCAGGAGGCAUGAUCUAGAAGCAAGGCAAAGGAAGGUUGAAGCUGUAUUAACAGAGGUGGAUGCCAUAACUUCAAAGAUUAACGUGGUAAACGAAUCUGGUGCGGCUAAAAUUCAAAAGCUAGUUCAAAAACGUGAAGAGAUUGCAGACCAGUUUCAACAAUAUAAGAACUCCAUACAGAGUGUUUUGGCUGCAGUAGAUUUCUUGCUUGCGUCGGGUUCAAGUGCUGGCAAAGGUGUCUUGUUCGUUGGCUUGGGAAUUGAGUCCGUGUGUAUUGAUGUUUGUAGUAGUCUUGUGAAGAUGUGUCUAUUUGGAGUGAGGGAAGAACAAAUGGUGUCUCAAACUGUUGAUCUUCUGAAAAAUGAACUUCCUCUUGAGCAGCAGUCUGUGGUUUUGCCUGAAGAUGUUGUGACUGGUCUUGUUCUUGUUGAUAUCAUCAAUGGUUUUUGUUCUGUUGGUGCUGGAAAUCUGGCUCCAAGAGAACCCAACAGGCAGAUUACAGGAAUGAUCAAUGAAUCAGCAAGGCUGGCCAGGUUGUUCUGUGACAAGAAAUUGCCUGUUCUGGCAUUCCUUGAUUCACAUCAACCUAACAAGCCUGAGGAACCAUACCCUCCUCAUUGUAUUGCUGGCACUGAAGAAACCAAUUUGGUUCCUGCACUGCAAUUUAUAGAGAAUGAACCGAAUGUUACAAUCCAACGCAAAGAUUGCUUUGAUGGAUUCUUCGGCUCAAUCAAGGAUGAUGGAUCCAAUGUUUUCGUAGAUUGGGUGAAGAACAAUCACAUAAAAGCUAUAUUGGUAGUGGGCAUAUGCACAGACAUCUGUGUGCUGGAUUUUGUUUGUUCAACAAUAUCGGCCAGAAACCGCGGAUUUCUUGCCCCUCUGGAGGAUGUCAUAGUCUAUUCACAUGGCUGCGCUACCUUUGAUGUUCCUCUUCAUGUUGCACGAAACACCAAAGGUGCUUUAGCUCAUCCCCAGUUGUUGAUGCAUCAUGUAGGCCUUUACAUGGCAAAAGGAAGGGGAGCCAUAAUAGCAAACGAGGUGUCACUGGUUGCACCAAAGAAACCAUGA